AUGAACCCCACAAAACAAAAGACAGAGAACUUGUCCUUCGUUCUCGAAAGUGUUCAAAAUCUGAAAUUCGAGGACCGUCCAAUCCCCCAGCUGCAGGACCCUCACGAUGUGUUGGUAAGGGUGAAAUUCACCGGCAUAUGCGGUAGCGAUGUCCAUUAUUGGCAUUCCGGACAGAUCGGGCACUUCAAGGUCGAGCAACCCAUGGUGCUGGGUCACGAGUCCUCAGGAAUCGUCGAACAAGUGGGCAGCAAAGUCACGACACUGAAAGUUGGCGAUCGUGUCACCAUGGAGCCUGGUGAACCCUGCCGCCGAUGCGAUGCAUGCAAAGUCGGGGCAUACAAUCUCUGUCCGGCGAUGGCAUUCGCCGCUACCCCUCCCUACGAUGGCACCCUGGCCAAAUACUAUCGCCUCCCAGAGGAUUUUUGCUAUAGACUGCCGGACAGCAUUAGCCUGGAGCAGGGCGCACUCGUGGAGCCGCUCAGUGUCGCAGUGCAUCUUGUGCGACGGGCUGACGUAUCACCGGGCGCGUCAGUCGUUGUUUUCGGCGCUGGACCGGUUGGAUUGUUGUGUUGCGCUGUGGCCAAUGCAUUUGGUGCAGGUAAAUUGAUAGCUGUGGACAUUCAGUCUAACAGACUGGAAUUUGCCAGACAGCAUGGGGCUACGUCAACUUUCCUACCGGGCCCCGUCUCCGCUGUAGAAAAUGCUGCGCGUUUGGGUUUGGAAAACGGGCUAGGCAACGGGGCUGAUGUUGUUAUUGAUGCGUCUGGGGCGGAGGCCUCGAUCAAUACUGGAGUUCACGUUCUUCGGGCUGGUGGCACAUACGUUCAAGGAGGUAUGGGACGUGAUGUGGUUAACUUCCCAAUUACUGCUGCUUGCACGAAAGAAUUGAACUUCAAGGGAAGCUUCAGAUAUUCCAGUGGUGAUUACAAGCUUGCGAUUGAGCUCCUUGCCGCAAAGAAGGUUAACGUUCAGGAUUUGAUUACGGAUAUUGUUAAGUUUGAGGACGCUGAACGGGCUUUCCAGCAAGUGAAGGCAGGGUCCGGCAUCAAGACCCUGAUUGCGGGGGUGGAAGAAUAA